ACAUGAAAUGUCCUACUACUCCCAUUUUCUUUCCACUUUCCUCUCUCUUCCUUUCAUUAUAUACUCAAAAUAGUUAUAAGUUUUCAUAUCCAAAAAACACCAUUAAAACUCUAUAUACUCAACAAGAACUUAGAAAAAAAACAAAAAACACAAAAUCCCAACUUCAAAACUUUUACAAAUAUGGCCAAAAAAUUGAAAAUCUGUUCAAUUUUCAAGAGAAAAGAGCAACCAUUGCUAGCCAUAGCCACUUGGCAAUGGCCAUCUUGUACACAUUCCAAGACUCUAUCAUUUAGAGGUGAUGACAACAUUUUCAAGACUAUAAAUUCAAUAUUCUUUGACCCUUUUGAUGGUAUUGAAACCCCACAAUCAUCAUCUAGCAAUAGCAUUUCCAUAGAUGAAGAAAUCAUAAAAGGGGCUAGAUCAGAAAGGCUAUUUUUUAAACCAGAUGCUACAAGUUCAAUAGUCCAACAACAUGAAGAGGAAAUUCAAGAAAAUGAUGAUUUGCCAUUUAAAGAAAGUAUAAUUUUGGCUAUGGAAUCAAAUGAUCCUUAUUUGGAUUUCAAGAUUUCAAUGAAAGAAAUGGUGGAAAGUCAAGGGAUAAAAGAUUGGGAUAAUUUGCAAGAAUUAUUAGCAUGGUAUUUAAAAUUAAAUGGAGAAAUAAAUCAUGGUUUUAUUUUAGGUGCUUUCCUCGAUUUACUUAUGGAACUUGUUUUUCCUAUAACUACUCCGAGUAUUAUUUCGGAUAAUUCAACUACUUCUUAUUCUUCUGCCGCUUCUUCGUCUUUUUCUUGCCCCUCUUCUCCUCUGUCUUCGUUAGGACAGAAGGAGAUCGAGGAACAAGAAAAAGGAAAAGUCCCCUAGGGAUAGGGGAAGUGUAAUUUUUUCUUUUUCAUUGGUUAUUUUUCCGCCGUUUGUUUUUAAGAUUCUAAAAGACUUGUCAGAAAUAGCCGGUCAAGUUGGUUCAA